UGGUCAUCUCAACAGCACAGCUCUUAUUUGCUCCUUCAGCUUUUCAAAUUGUAUUUUUGAAUUCAUUUAAAAAAAUUAUUAUUAUUUUUUUUUUUUAAAAAGUCACACGUUGAAACAAAGGACUACUUUUUAUUGUUAUUUGUUUACUGGACUCUCCACACCAGACAGCAUUUCUUGCCGCCACGCUGCUUACACAGAGGAAAAGCGGACGUGGCUGAGGACAGGGGAAGGGUACGUGAAGUAGGACGCUAAAGCCACGCCCCCAGCAGGCCGUCAUGUCCUGGGGGGCCCUGUACGCCCAGCUGGGCGGCGUCAAUAAGCAUUCGACCAGCCUGGGCAAGAUCUGGCUGUCGGUGCUGUUCAUCUUCCGCAUCACCAUCCUGGUGCUGGCCGCCGAGAGCGUGUGGGGCGACGAGCAGUCCGACUUCACGUGCAACACGCAGCAGCCGGGCUGCAAGAACGUGUGCUACGACCACUUCUUCCCCGUGUCUCACAUCCGCUUGUGGUGCCUGCAGCUCAUCUUCGUGUCCACACCAGCCCUGCUGGUGGCCAUGCACGUGGCCUACCGCAAGCGUGGCGACAAGCGCACCAUGCUGUCAUCCAACGGUACCGAGAAGCCCAGCGACGUGGACCUGGAGACGCUCAAACGACGGCGGCUUCCCAUCACCGGCACGCUUUGGUGGACGUACACCUGCAGCCUCUUCUUCCGCCUCAUUUUCGAGGGCGGCUUCAUGUACGCGCUCUACUUCAUCUAUGAUGGCUUCCAGAUGCCGCGGCUGGUCAAGUGCGAGCAGUGGCCCUGCCCCAACAAGGUGGACUGCUUCAUCUCGCGGCCCACCGAAAAGACGAUCUUCACCAUCUUCAUGGUGGCCUCCUCGGCCAUCUGCAUGGUGCUCAACGUGGCCGAGCUGGGCUACCUGGUGGGCAAGGCGCUCAUGCGCUGCUCGAGCCGCCGGCGAAACAGGAGACUGUCGUACAACCGCAAGGAAACCGCGACGCGGGACAACGCCGCCUUGCAUAACAAGAAGAAUGCGCUGCUGCUCUCCGCGCCCUCCUCGGACUCAUCCGCUCGCAAGACCGAGUGCUGAAGGAGACCGCCCAAACAGAACGCUACACCGGAACGUCCUGGCUGUUUCAAAUAUCAGCCCGCACGUCUGGUCGAGAUGCUUCUAGAACCUCAACAACUUAGAUGGAUCCUCUCGUUACACUCAAAACGAUCAAGAUUGUAGCCACGUUUAAUCAACAAUACAAAAGUGUUGGGACACCCCUCCAUUCAUCAAUCAGUGCUUGGAUAUCAUUGAUUGCAUGCUACCCCAACAGCACUACUUUAGGCUAUGAAAAAUAAAAUAUUAAAAUGUUUUGAGACUCAAAACACCGUUGCUUCAGGAAACCUACAUUUGGCCACAAAAAAAUACAAACCUCAAUUCCAAUGAAGUUGGGAUGUCUAAGACAUAAAUAAAAACACAAUACAAUGAUUUGGAAAUCCCUUUCAACCUAUACUCAAAACCCUAUACGCAAGUAAAUACACCACGAAGACAAGAUAUUUAAUGUUCAAACUGGUAGUGUUUUCUUUUUUUUUUUAGGGGGGGUGGGGGUAGAUAUUCACUCAUUUUUAAUUUGAUGCCUGCAACUUAUCUCACAAAAGCUGAGAGGGGGGCAAAUUUGAAGCCUUGUAAGUGGUGUUCUUUGCCACACUUGCUUGAUGUAAAACUUCAGUCGCACAGCAGUCCGGCGUCUCCGUUGUCUUAUUUUGCGCUUCAUAACGGGCCCCACGUUUUCAAUGGCAGACCGGUUUAGUACUACUGUGACUUUGAGACAUACCUUUUAUACCCAAUCAUGGCACUCACCUGUUUCCAACUAACCUGCUCACCUGUGGAAUGUCAACCAUCAACUUUCCCAUACUUUUGUUGCCAUUGAGCAAGCUUUUUUGGAAUGGGCUGCAGGCAUUACAUUUGAAAUGAGAGAAUAUUUGCAAAAAAACAAUUACGUUCAUCAGUUUGAACAUUAAAUAUCUUGUCUUUGUAGUGUAUGAAAUGGAAUAUAAGUUGAAAAGGAUUUGCAAAUCAUUCUGUUUUAUUUUACACACAAAAUGCAAUAUUUGGACACAAAAAUGCAACAAUUGACAACAAAAAGCAGCAUUUUUGCAGAGAAAUGUUAUUUCAGGUCACAAAAAAAAAUCUCUAUUUCGCCAGCAAAGUAGUAGUUUCCCCACACAAUUGCAAUAUUUUGACAUUACAACACAAUAUUUGGUGGCAAAAAGAUUACAAUAAGUGAUGAAAAUGUUAUGUUGUGCUACUAAAACACUUAUGCCACAGAAACAUAUUUUGCUUAAACUGGCCACCUUGCCACACAAUGUUAUAUUUGGACACAAACGUGCAAUCAAUGUGCACCAAAAUGCAGCAAUUGGCCGCAGUGAAUUCAGUUUGGCCCAAACAUUCUUUAUAUUUUCAGAAAACUGAUAUUUGCCCAUUAAAGUAAAUUCCCCAUGGAAAUGUGAUAUUUUGACAUUUACACACAAUAUUUGUACACAAAGGGUUACAAUAAGUGAUGAAAAUGCUGUUCCGAAAUCAGAUGACAAAACAUAUUUUUCUGUACAUUUGGUCAAAAAGUGUUUGGUUUCUUUUUGACCAAAUAUGCAAUAGAUGACCACAAAACGUUGCCUUUGUUUAUUUAUGAUGAAAAGUUUCUCGUUUCUUUCUGG